CAUAGCCUUCAGUCCCUUUCUUUCCGCCCUUCAAUUGUACUGAUUCUCCUCCUGUUUCAACCAGUACAAUCACCCAACAUACGCCCGUUGUAAACAUCUACUAUCCGUUCAUUCAUGGCUUACAACGAUCAAUACGCUGGUCACCAAGAAUAUAACCCCUACUCCAAUUCUCAGCCACAUGCGUCUUACGAGGAGCCUCACGCAGCAACAUACGAUAAUUAUGGGCCAGGAUACCAAGAUACUUCCUACCCAGCUACUGGGUUUAACAAGACCAGAGACGCAGAUGAAUUAAGUAGUGGAUUUGACAGAGGAGAAUUUGGAUCACCGAGAGGAGAAAAGGCUCAAAAUAUUCGCCAGUAUCGACGAGAAUUCAGGAAUGAUAAUUUAUGGACGAAGGGUGGACGGGGCUCCUGUAUCGGUAGAUUCUUCUGUUGCACGCUGAUGAUUGCUGUCUUCAUGAUCGUCAGCAUCGUCCUGGCCCUCGCAUUGUGGAUUCGACCUCCAAGCAUUAUCAUUGGAACCGCAGGCUUGACGUCAGCUGGGACGAAUGGGAUUCAACUGGAAACAAGCGGUAUCACUGUUCCUCUAGAAGUUAACAUCAGUGUCAACAACCCAAAUUACUUCUCCGUCGAUCUCAAGAAAGUGACUCUGGACCUCACUUAUCCAUUGGACGGAAACGACACUGCAAUUGGCAAUGGCAGUACAAGUGACAUCACCUUCCACUCUCACUCGAAUACCUCUUUCACAUUUCCCUUUGAGAUUGACUAUCAAUUUUCCACCGAUCCAAAUUAUGCCAUUUUACUUGAUAUGGCGUCCAAAUGUGGUAUAUUAGGAGGUUCACAGUCGGAUUUAACCAUUGAUUACAGUAUCAAGGUUGAUCUUAAGAUCAUAUUCAUCUCCGUAUCACCAACUAUCACGAACUCAUUCAGUAUUGCUUGCCCCUUCGAUGAAUCUGAACUCGAAGACUUUAUUAAAUCCCUUGGGCUGAGCAGUAUCCUCGGAUCACUUUAAUGAAAGUUAAUUCUAUCCGUAAACUCAUCGGAUCCAUGGACUUGUCCGCACCUUUUUUCAUUCAUUUAGCACGCUCAUCGCGCCCGGACAUUGUAGCUAGCUAGUAUACGACGUAUCUGAUGUACAUUUAAUUUUAUCUUCUCGUAUAUCAGCAUACACACUGGAAAAGGAAAGUUUCUUUGCCUAGUCGUAAGAAUAGCAAUGAGCUCUUUCGCAAGAUUUUUGAACAUUGAAUGUGGUUGAGGUAUUGACUCU